UUGUUCAGCCCGAGCUUUUACUGUAUCCACUCAUCUGCAGUUUGCAGGUAGCAGGCGUAUGUAGGCUGGCUUGAUCAGUUCGGCGAUCCAACUUGAGCAGUCCACAACGACACAAAUACAAGAGAAGAGCGGGCAUUCAGAAAACAGCCUUUCAUAUAUAUAUAUAGAUGGAUCACGGGCAAAAAAAAAUACUAAUACUUGCAUUCUUCACUAUAUUUCCAUUUCCUCACCCCCUCUCUCUCUAUUGAACACACACACAAUUCUCUCAGUGAUGAAUCCAAGAAAGCCAAAUCCGGCACCUUCCCUAAAACUCAUCGUCUACGGCAUGCCCCUCCUCUUCCUCCUCCUCACCAUCGCCUCCAUGUUCAAGCACAAACCCUACACCACCACCACCACCACCCUCACCUCUCUCCGCCCCCACUGCAACGCCCCCUCGAGCAUCAUCAGCCAGCUGGAGCCCCUGAUCGCCGAGGAGCCGCUGGACGUAUGGGAGGGCCUGGGCAAGGAGGAGAGCCACAUCAGAUACCUCCCCUCCCUGACCGACCUCUCCCGCAGCCGCCGCUUCAUCUACGUCGACCUCGGCGCCCGCGACUACGACUCCAGCAUCGGCAGCUGGUUCGCGAAGCAGUACCCGAAGCAGAACCGGACGUUCGAGAUCUACGCGGUUGAGGCGGACGCGUCGUUCCACGCGCAGUACCGGGCGCGUCGGGGAGUCACGCUGCUGCCGUACGCGGCGUGGGUGAGGAACGAGACGGUGGUGUUCGGGAGCAGGCCGAUCGUGGUGGGCAGCAAGGUGUGGCGGAUGCGGCCGUUCGGGAGGAUCGAGGGGGAGCAGGCGGCGGCGGACGGGAUGUCCGCGGUGGUGCGGGUGGCGGCGUUUGACUUCGUGGAAUGGCUGACGAGGAACGUGGCGGAGGAGGACUUCGUGGUGGUGAAGAUGGACGUGGAGGGGACGGAGAUCGAGCUGGUCAGGGAUUUGGUGAAGCGGGGCGCUAUGUGCCUGAUCGACGAGCUGUUCAUGGAGUGCCACUUCGACCGCUACGUCAAGUGCUGCUCCGGCGAGAGGAUUAAUAGGUUUAAUUUCUCGUAUCCUCAGUGUUAUCGUUUGUUCAAGGAGCUCAGGGAUAUGGGCUCUGUUGUGCAUCAGUGGUGGUGAGAUCUGCUCCGGCCUGGCCCGGGCGGCCUUUAUCUUAUUUUUCCGGACUCCGGUAAUUUUCAAAUAAUCGGCUCCACCGCGGUUAUGGAUAUUUAUCAAUUUUCAUUAAUUUUGUUAGAUGAUUUAGUGUUAUUGCAAUAACUAACUUCGUUCUCACAUUUACCUCGUGCAUUCUUUUAUUCUGUAUUUAUGAAUAAGAGUCUUAUUUAGUUA